CAGAGGUGGAUUGGUUGUUUGUUUGCAUUAACGGCCUUUUCUUGAGGGCUGUGUCGUUGGCCGCCAUAGCUUUCUCGCGCGUUUUCAGCAUGAGUGAUCGGGAGAAUCUGGUUUACUGCGCCAAACUUGCCGAACAAGUAGAGCGGUAUUCCGAAAUGGUCGAGCUGAUGAAAAAGGUUGUGGAGUUGGGGACCGAGUUGUCGGUUGAAGAACGAAACUUGCUAUCAGUUGCGUAUAAAAAUGUGAUCGGUGCCCGUCGCACAUCGUGGCGCGUAUUUGGUAGCAUUGAGGGUUCUGGUCAAUUUCGAGCUGAUUCUGUUGGUGCUGGCCCCUUGAAGAAGUACCGUCAAGUGCUUGAAAACGAAAUAAAAACUGUUUCUACCGAAGUUCUUGAACUACUGGACAAAUAUCUUAUCAAACCCACUAUUGCAGCAGAUUCUAAAGUGUUUUACUUGAAGAUGAAAGGCGAUUACUACCGAUACGUUGCUGAGUUUGCCGUCGAUGAUGAGAGGAAGGCUGUCGCCGGGAAAAGCAACGAAGCAUACCAGGAAGCUACAGACAUCGCUACCGCGGAAUUACCGCCAACUCAUCCCAUCAGGCUUGGACUUGCUCUUAAUUAUUCCGUAUUCUACUAUGAAAUCCUGAACAAUCCUCAGAAGGCUUGCCAGCUUGCGAAGACUGCAUUUGAUGACGCAAUCGCCGAGUUGGACGAACUAUCUGAAGAGAGUUACAAAGAUUCUACUCUGAUCAUGCAACUCCUUCGGGAUAAUCUAACUUUGUGGACUUCAGACGCCGAAGCCGAUGAAGAAGCCAAAAAAUCUCCAGAGGAAAAGGCAUAAUCCGUUACACCCAAAAGCUACUGAAAUUUCAAAGCCAGAGUUGCUUUUAGGGACUCGAAUUUUUCCAUUUUUCACCCCUGGAUCGUACUUACACGACUGUGCGAACCAUCCUUAACCCUGUAUAUUGUUCUCAGCCACCACAAAAAGUUAGUCCUGCUCUUCUGGUUUAUCAGUUUCUAUUGGGCCUUUUACCAUAGGUAGUGGUUCUAUCCAUCACCUAACACCCAGUAUUGGUAUCAUCUUUCCAUUAAACCCACGGUUUUCCUGCGCUUUGUUGAACCAAGUGCCCCUUCAUUUUCAUUUUCGAUCUCGCAGAGGUUCCAUGUUGUCCGUGUUAACUCGAACCUAGUUAUUCUUCAGCAUUGACUGACGGCUGCUCGCUCAUCUCUUUCGCUAAUCCAAUGUGGACCCUUCGAAUUCUUUCUUUUUGCCAAUACAAACCAGAAGUUCAUUGAUACAUUGCUGUUAAAAUUUAUUCACCCAGCUUUUCCCAUCUCCGACUGGCUGAGUUGUUUGUUCUGCUUUUGUUCUUCGUUCCGUGGCUAUCGGCCAUCAAGAGUCCUAUGGUACGAGUUAUUCUUGUUUUUGGAUGUUGAUGUGUCGCUUCCCGGUACCAUUGCCAGCAGAUACAGUUUCUCUGAUGUUCAGACUCCUAUUAGCUGUACUCCUGACUGUCAGACCAUAACCCAACUAACAUGUUUCCGACAUUCUUGUUUUCUGAGUCGGGCGUAACAACUACUUAUGCCGCCUGACACUGGAAUCCAGCGGACUGUACUCUUUUCCACUCUCGGUACCCAUGCCUUCAUAGUGGAUGGUUCUUGAAUUCCUGCUAUUUCGACC